GCUCAGAAACACUGACACACUCAGAAAGUUAGUCGGUUCAUGAUCUGUGUGUUAGUUGUGUUCUGAUGAAGGUCUGAGUCUGUGUUUCUGUUCUUCAGCUCGAGGUGUUUCAGUGUUCGGAUGAUGUUGAAGACGCAGAGAUCUCAGCAGCGCGUCGCUCUCAUGAUACUGAUGGUGGUCGCAGCCGUGCAGAGUCAGGAGAACGAGAGCAGACGGGCGGUCACAGAGCAUCAGCUGAUGCAUGAUCGCGGUCGCUCCAUCCAGAGUCUGAAGAGGCUGAUCUGGCUGUCCAGCGCCAUCGAGCGGCUUCACACCGCGCAGACCCGCACACUGACCGCCGGCGAGCCGGACAGGAGGUGGCACUCUCACGACCCGGCGCCGCUCUAUUCUCAGCCCAGCAGCAGCCACAAGAGGGCGCUGGAGACGCUGUUGAGCGACAUGUACAGACCUCACCUGACCGCUGCGCUCGGCGACGGAGAGAAAUAACAUCCUCACAAAUAUACCAUCUGAUGUCCGGCGAAAACUCGCCAAUGACUGUCCGACCCUGACUAGAAUGAGGCACAACGUUACCCAACAAAACUAGAUCGCUGUCAUUAUGAUCAACGAAACAUGCUAGUUUCGUAAAGAUAGGUGUAUUGAUUAUAACGUAACCUUG